AUGUCUUCUUUCACCCCCCAAGUCCGCGACACCACUCUCGGUCCAAACGUCCACACUUACAUCCCCCGUGCAGACGGUGCCAUCGUCAUCAACGGCAUCGCGUACUUUCCUGAUGGACCGAAACCUGUUGUACCGGCUACGCUGCCGAUUCCGGUUACGACGAGCAAUGUUUCGCAACCUGCGCCUGUUGUUGGGUAUGCGGGGAAUGCUAUGCCAACCCAACCCAUCCAAACCGCCCCCCUCCCCGUCCCCCAACCCGCCUACAUCCCCCCUCCCCAAUUCUACCCCCAAGCACCCACCUACGCCUACCCACCCUACCCCUACGCACCCCCCCAAUGGGCACACCCCGGCGCCACGCCCUCGGAAGUCCUCACCCAGAACAUCAUGCACACCGAGACAUCCGCGAAACAGGAGAUGAAGCCCGCAGACGACGAUCCGCAUCGCUUCUACAUGGUGCGCGAGCUGGAUGGGAGUUGGAGUCGGCGGAAUCGCAUGACGAUUGAUAGUGGGGAUAUUGGCGAGUGUAGGUGGUUUGCGCGGGAGGGGGAGUUUUAUGCUGUUAGGCUUGCGAGUAGUUAG